AUGGAGUGGAUCCCAAUUGCUCCGCUCAAUUACGAGUUCAGCUACUAUGCCUUGGACAUCGAGUCUGGCGUGGUGGUGCGGAUCAACGAUUACAACCAUCUGGUUGCCAGCCUGGUCGCGCUCAGCUUCGUAGAUGGCGUGCGCGCGUACGUCGACGCCCUAGAACGGCACAAGGACAACCUGGAGGCGCUGCAGAGUUUCAAACCACCAGAAGAAGUCAAUCACUUAGGCGAGCUGUGCAUCGAAGCCAACGACAUCUUCGCCCGCUUUGAGCCGGCCAUUAGGAACCCCGAAAGUCUGUUCGCCUACCCGUCGGUCUUCGAUGGUAGUGAAGGAGAAGAAGACGACUACUGCAACAGCAGCAGAGACGAAGACGAAGACAGCGACGACGAAGACAGCGACGACGACGAAGAGAUCGAAUACGACGAUGGCGAGUUAAGACUGAACAUGGGCCGCCUGAAGAGGCACAAGCUGACCGAGCUCCGCCUGUUCGUCAAGAAGCACAACAUCGAGGUCUUCGGACGGAUGAAGGACGACCUUGUCGACGCCAUCACCUCGUGGAAGCAGCGCCAAGAAGAAGAAGACGACGACGAAGACGAAGAAGAACAAGAACAAGAACAAGAACAAGAAGACGAAGAAGAAGAAGAAAAAGACGAAGACGAAGAAGAAGAACUACGACAGCAUUGA